AUGUCUCCCGGAAGAGGACGAAUCCUUGAGAUUCCCGAUUCAACUGUUACUAUUACGACAAAGGUUAUUGACGCGACGAAUGUGUCCGGCAUUCCCGCCAACAGCCUUCACUACCCGCCGAUUGAAGGGAUCGACAAACUCAGGCCUCUACCGUCGCUUUCUUUCCUUCUGGAGCAUCCCUCCGGUCAAAAGCUGUUGUUCGACCUUGGCAUUCCAAAAGAUCUCACGACGCUUGGCCCAGAGGUUGCUGAUCGUUUGGCCAAAGUCGCUUACCGGAUCGAAGUAGAAAAGGAUGUGGUGGAAGUGCUGGAAGAGAACAACAUCAAACGGGACGAGAUCAACGCGGUGAUCUGGAGCCAUACCCAUUGGGAUCACAAGGGCGACAUGGCAUUGUUUCCUUCCACGACCACGUUGGUCCUCGGACCCGACGCAAUGGCGACCUUUUUCAAACCCGGAGGAGGCAACUCGGGCGUCGGAGGGAUCAAUGAGCGGGAUGUCAAAGGCAGAAAGGUACAUGAGGUGGACUUUGAAGGGCCUGGAUCUUUGCAACUAGGACCGUUCCGAGCGUUCGACUACUUCCACGACGGCUCUCUCUACCUCCUCGACACACCAGGACAUAGUGUCGGCCAUCUGUGUGCCCUCGUCAGAACGACUGCGGAUCCCGCAACAUUUUUGUUCUUUGGUGGCGACUGUGCACAUCAUUGCGCAGAAGUCAGGCCCUCCGAAUACCUUCCGUUGCCCACCUCGAUCCUACCCAACCCUCUGCCGUCAUUUGAUCGUUCUGUUCCUCUCUGCCCGGGUACGUGUUUCGAGGACCUGAACAUAUCUCGGGGCAGGGACGCCCACGGACCGCUGUGGCAGCCUAAAUCGGGCCAUGACUUGGCUGAAACCAUCCGAACCAUCGGGAAGGUGCAGGAGUUCGAUGGAGAGGACAACGUGCUGCUACUGCUUGCACAUGAUUCCAGUGUGAGGCAUGUCCAGAUGCCUUUCUUUCCUGAAGCGAUAAACGACUGGAAAAAGCGCGGACUGGGAAGAGAUCUGAGAUGGUCCUGGAUUGCUGAUCUAGAGCCGAAAUUUCCCAAGAACAUCUAG